AUGACUAUACCAAAGGAAUUUGAAUGCCCGAUUUGUUUGAAUUUAUUAUUUAAGCCAGUAACGACUUCUUGCGGACACAAUUUCUGUAAACAGUGUAUCGAUAAGACUCUUCUCGUUACUCAAAACUGUCCAAUUUGUAAAUUACAACUGACCAAUGAUUAUUCUCCUAAUUUGUUGCUGGUUCAAAUCAUAAAUGAGAGGUUUCCUGAAGAAAUUAACUCAAGAUAUACCUUUACGAUUCCUCCAGAUACAACCUCUGAUGCUGAUUCAACUGCGGUAGAGAAUAAAGUUUUCGUUCCUAUGUAUUUCCUUAAUUUUUAUGAGCCGCCGCUGUUUGAGGGAAAUAGAAACAUCGUCAUAGACAAACUGAAAGAAUAUAGGAUGCUACAAUACGCCUUAGCAAAUGGAUCAAAUAUUAUACUCGCAAAGAAGUAUUUAAAUAAAACAGUUCCAGUAGGGACCCUUGUAAAGAUCACCUCGAAUAUGAUAGGGACGAUCAACGACAGUAACCCCCGACUACCACUAACAGUGGAAGUGUCAGUACUAGAUCGUGUUAAACUUAAGCUCCCAGCAACACUCACAGACUUCAAUUUUUACCACUGCGACUAUGUUCCGUUCACCGACAAGUGGAUAUUCACAAAGACUAGGGAAACUGAACUAAACGUAACGGGAUCAGAAAGAACAAUUUACGACGAACUUAGCACACUAGAAGACAAUAUAAACAAGUUCUGUAAAAAUUAUGACACUAUCGUUGAAGCUUUGAGGAAGCUGAAGAACAUGAACAAUGACUUGACAGGAUAUAACAGAUAUUUCGCCUCAACGAUCCUGAUAAAUACGUGUAUUAUACUGCUUAAGAGGCAGCUGCACAGUGGACAGAAGUCACUAAGAGCGAGAUUUGAAUCAAUUUACGGCUCACUGCCAAUUCUGGCGGACUCAAGCCCACAAACUAAAAAACUUGAGAGUCUAUCUUUGUAUUUAUCAAAGGUGGUCUUGGCGAGCACGAAGACGAAAUGGGAGUGGUAUUCACUGGAAGAUACCUUCGAAAGGCUAAUUAGAAUAGCAGAGUUAAUAGCGCAGUCUAGAGAUAGGAACGUAUUGAACCUGAAGUCGACGAUGCUGUCGGAGCUCGCAAACUCAGUUGACCCGGUGAUAUCGAGCGUGGUGUUCAUCCUGGUACUGUUCAUCGCACCGAGGCUGUACCGCAAGCUUGCCUACCGCUAA